UAAUUUUUUUUCUUUCUCUUCUCCUUUCUUAUAACCAUCUGCCCCUACUUAAUAGAAUAUAUUCAAGAUGGAUUUAGUGAAUCACCUUACCGAUCGUUUAUUAUUUGCUGUCCCAAAGAAGGGACGUUUAUAUGAAAAAUGUUGUCAACUUCUUAAUGGUGCUGAUAUUCAAUUCAGACGUUCAAACAGAUUAGACAUUGCUCUUUCCACAAACUUACCUAUUGCCUUGAUUUUCCUCCCAGCCGCUGAUAUCCCAGUCUUUGUUGGUGAAGGUAAUUGUGAUCUUGGUAUCACUGGUCUUGAUCAAAUCAAGGAAGCUGAUAUGUUUGAAUCUAUCGAAGAUCUUCUCGAUCUUCAAUUUGGCUCUUGUAAGUUGCAAAUCCAAGUCCCUGCUGAAGGUGACAUUACAUCUGCUGAACAACUUGUUGGAAAGAAGAUUGUCAGUUCAUUCACCAAACUUGCUACCGAUUACUUUAGUGAGUUGGAAGGAAACGUUGCCAAGCCAACCACCAGUAUCAGAUAUGUUGGUGGUUCCGUUGAAGCUUCAUGUGCUCUUGGAGUUGCUGAUGCUAUUGUUGAUUUGGUUGAAAGUGGUGAAACCAUGAAGGCUGCUGGUUUGAAGCCUCUUGAAACUAUCUUAGAAACCUCUGCCCACCUUAUCUCAUCAAAGAAGCCAAGAUAUCCUGAAUUAGUUGAAAAGAUCCACCAAAGAUUUGAAGGGAUUUUGGCUGCUAAAAAAUACGUUUUGUGCAACUACAAUGCUGCAAGAUCUAUCUUACCAACUGUCUUGACCAUUACUCCAGGUAGACGUUCUGCCACUGUUUCUCCUUUAGAAAAGAAGGAAGGUGAAGACGAAGAAUGGAUUGCUGUUUCGUCCAUGGUGGAAAAGAAGAAGAUUGGUGAUAUUAUGGAUGAAUUAAAGAAGGCUGGAGCAACUGACAUUUUAGUCUUUGAAAUUAACAAUUGUCGUGUGUAA